AUAAAAAGGCAAAAAAGUCAGCUUAUUAUGGACCGGAGGGAGUAUAUUUUAAUAUACUACUCUUUUUUCAUUUUAAUUGUUGAGUAGGUGCAUUGGACUUCAUUUUCCUUCCUAUUGUUCAAGCUUAAUCUCAUCAUAUUCCCACUUUUAUUGUACCCUUGAGUACAUUGACUUCCCAAAAUUGGGGCUUCUGGAAAUUUAGCGGAGAAUGUUAAAUUUUUCUGUGCUUUUAAGUGUUUUCUUCAUUCAUUCCUGAGGACCCUGGUCUAGUGGUUGAGCCAAUGACUACCAGCAAUUCAUCCCAACCAGCAAGACCAUCACCCGUGCAACCUUCAUCAUCGUCGUCCACAACUUCUAAUAACCAGCCAAGACAACGUAACUCUGGACCAGCUAGUAGAACUUCUGGGACGUCAUCAACCCCAGCUUCAAAUCCAACAUCACUUCGAUGGGACCGACAUACUAUACAAUUUUCAGUGAAUGCUUGGGUUUUUGUUGUGGCAGUUCUCGCAAUAUUUCCGCUUACACCUACAGUGCUGUCAAACAGAGCAUAUCGAUUGUCCUUUUUGGGAACCGCAUGUUCUUCCUUAUAUUCAUUAUACUCAUUAUAUGGGAAGCCAAGGGCUUGGAAUUUGCAAGCAGUGCAAGUUUGGUUGCAGUCAGUGAUUGUGACAAAAGAUUUCAUCUACUUCAUUUACUGCCUUACUUUUGUAACCUCCCAUCUUUACCUGAAAUUUGCUUUGAUUCCUGUUUCAUGCCGAGCACUUGAACAUGUCGCGAAAUUCCUGCGACGUAACUUCAGCACAUCUUCUUUGUACAGGAAGUACUUGGAAGAGGCAUGCGUAUGGGUCGAGUCAAACGUAACUACUCUUAGCAUACUGUCUUCACAGGCUGAGAUUGGGCUGGGAUUUCUUCUAGUUGUCUCUCUAUUAUCGUGGCAGCGUAAUAUUAUUCAAACAUUCAUGUACUGGCAGCUAUUGAAGCUUAUGUAUCAUGCUCCUGCCACUGCUGGUUACCAUCAGAGUGCGUGGGCUAAGAUUGGGAGGCUUGUAAAUCCUCUUGUUCAACGAUAUGCCCCGUUCAUGAAUACUCCUAUUUCUACUAUUCAGAGAUGGUGGUUCAGGUAGAAGACUUGAUAUACAAGAGUUGUAGCAGAAAAUACUUUGGGAUUUUACCUUGACCUGAAGGAUGAAUAUAUAAACUAGAAUUAUCUAAUUUCUAAUAAUUGCUUUUGGGGGUACUUCCAAGUUUUCCAUUUUCACCCAGAGAGAUGUGACAAUACGUGAUUUCCUUCUGCUCAGCUCUUUUGUUUUCUUGAAGAUCAGUGAAAAAACUGGUUUAAUUGUAAAAGAACUGAAUGUAGUUUUUCUUGCCUUAAUCUCGUCCAUCGAAGUAUGAUUUACUUUUA